AAUGAACUGAACAGCAAGCAGGCUGGAGGAGGAGAUGCAGCCCCAUCCCUGGGCUCUCCAGCAGCCCAUCGGGUCCCCACUACACGGAGCAAAAUGCAGAAAGAAAAGAGAAAAUAGAGCUAAACUCACCAGCCAGGAGUCGUACAACAACUUCACCAACAACAACAUGGGUAACCCUCGUCUGUCCCCUCUGCCCAGCCUCACCAUAGUGCUGCCCCUGGCACAGAUCAAACAGCCCAUGACCCUGGGCACCAUGACCAAGCGCUCCGGACCUUACCUCUUUGGGGCAGGAUGUUUUGCCAUUAAAACUCCAUGCAAAGCCAAGCCUCCCCCUCAGAUCUCCCCCAGUAAGUCCAGUGGAGGAGAGUUCUGUGUGGCUGCUGUCUUUGCUGCCUCACGCUCAUGGUACAUGACCAACCCCAACAUGAAGAGAGAGAAAGACCAGUCCAGCCGGUCAGUGGUGGAGUCCCUCUACAUCCUCAGUUGCUAUGGCACCCUGGUGGAGCACGUCCUGGAGCCUCGGCCAAUCAGCACGGCCCAGAAGAUCAGCGAUGACACACCCCUGGAGCUCAACACAUGUCCACGGGCCUGCUGGAGCCUGGCCAGGACUCCACUGUGGAAUGAGCUGCAGCCUCCCUUUCUCUCCAACCACCCUCUGGUGCUGGCCUCUGACCUGGUGCAGUGUUACCAAUACCUCCUGGCUGGAUUGGUGCCCCCUGGAAGCCCUGGCCCUAUCACACGCCACGAGUCUUACGACAGCCUGACGUCGGACCACAGCGGACAGGAGGACGAGGAGUGGCUCUCACAGGUGGAGAUAGUGACCCACACAGGGCCUCACCGUCGGCUGUGGAUGGGUCCUCAGUUCCAGUUUAAGACCAUCCACCCAUCUGGUCAGACUACGGUCAUCUCCUCCUCCUCCUCCGUGCUGCAGUCCCAGGGCCCCAGCGACAUUCAACAGCCUCUGUUAGACUUCCACACUGAUGACCUGGACCUUCACAGUCUCAGGAUCCAGCCCGUGCGUUCUGAGCCGGUCAGCAUGCCUGGUUCCUCUCGGCUGGUGGCUGAACGGAGGGGACAGGGGACAGUCAUUGAUAUAGGAUCGG